GUCGAGGUCUGUUGAAAGGAACGGUUAAAAUUUUCUUCAGUAUUUGUUAAAAUACAACAAUAUUGGUUUUAAAAUAGGUUAAAUAGUGAACUUUGUGCGCGUGUUACAAAUAUCCACAUUGCAACCCAAUAAAAUAACGUUUUAAAAUGAAAGUUGCGUUUCUAAUGCUAUGUUUACUAUUAUUUAAUUGGACGUUAGUUAACACUCAUGUGUCGCUUACUUUUCCUCCUGCAAGAAAAUAUGAAUUAGAUUUUUUAGAUAAUUCCAGAACCAAAGCGCCCUGUGGAAUGCCUAAAGGAAACAUUAAAACAAGUUUUUUAACAGGCAGUACGUUUAAUGUUUCAUGGCAUUUAGGAUAUCCACAUAGGGGAGGAUUUAAAAUACAGCUUUUAGAUGAAUUGGAAAGACCUGUAUUGGAUUUGACACCUACAAUACAGGGAACAGAAUACGUUUCAACAGAUGCCACAGCUCAAACUUACCAGGUCCAACUACCAGCUAACUUUGUCUGUUCCAACUGUAGUUUAAGACUUAUACGACAGGCUUUGGAAUGGGGAGCAAAUUACAAAUUUUGGUCAUGUGCUGAUGUUGAUAUAAAAUUAAAAAAAGAUUUUAGAGAAACAUGCAGUGGUCAUGGAAAAUAUUUAUUAGGUAGAUGUAAAUGCGAUAGACUGUAUUAUGGAUCCUACUGUCAAUUUAGAAAUGAAUGUGUUGAGAAUAGCGACUGUGGUGAUCAUGGUAAAUGUAUUGAUGUUAAAGCUACCACUGCACCCAGGCAACAAUGUUAUUGCGAGUUGGGAUAUUUUGGCCCAGGAUGUGUUAAGCGUUCUCCUGUUAAAAAUACGAAUAUUGAUUUUGGUAUUUACACUAAGAAAAAAUUAAGUGACACAUUCAAUUUAUAUUGGCGAAUUAUAAAGGAACAUAAUGAAAUUGAGGCCAUUAUGGUGGUUAAUGGCACUGGAUAUGCUGGGAUUGGUUGGAGACCAAAAGAUCUUACCAAAACAUGUAAAAACUUUCCUUUAAUUGAAGAAUCCAAAUCCGAGAAUAUUAAACAAGAAGCAAUUCCAGAAUUUGAACCUACAAAGAUCCCAUCUACAAAUAGCUUUAGAACAACAGCAGAACCAGAACCAGGAAUAUCGGAACCUGAACCAGGAACUGCGGAACCAGGAACUGAGAAACCUGAACCAGGAACAGCUGAACCUCAAGGAGUAAAAUUUAAAAAAACAUUAUAUAAUAGAAGAUCAGCUCCUUCGUAUCCUGCAUUGCUUAAUGUUGACAUUGUUGAAACAAGUAUAUCUUCUUCUACAAGUUCAGCUAAAGGUCGAAAAAGAAGAGAAACUACAGAACCCCCAAAUGAUUUAACCAAACCAGAACCUACUUCUGACCCAAACUUUGAAUCAAAUUCUGAACCAAACUCCGAACCUAAUUCGGAACUAAAUACUGAACCAAAUACUGAACCAAAAUCCGAACCAAACUUCCAACCAAUUUCCAAAGUCACAACUAACUCAAAAAAUACUUCGCCAGAAAAAAAAAAUGAAUCGGUAUCUAAAGUUUUUAAAAAAGGUUCCUUAAAUUCUUAUACUCCCCGGCAUGACUUUAAUCCCAUGGACUGUACAGAUAUGAUAAUCGGGUCUGCAAGAGGCACAGCUAGCAGAAUAGCUGAUUACUACACACGUGACAGAUCCACUCCAAAAAUGGAUAAUUUUUGGGGCGGUAAAAAUGAUUUAAUAGCGGCAAUGGGUUUCGAAAAGGAUGGAGUCACCACUAUACUUUUUAGAAGAAAACUUAAAGCCACAGACCAAUCGGACCAUUCUAUAGUAGAUGAAUUAAUGCAUGUUAUUUUUGCCCAGGGUCAAGAAAAAGGAAAAUAUAAACAUGUUCCCAAGUCUGGAGUUGAAUCGGAUAACGCUUCUGAAAAAGAUUUUUAUAAACAGGACGAAUUAAAAUACCAUGGACAUGGUAGUCACCGUGGGGCUAUUUUGUUAAACUUUUUAGAAGAAACCACGAACUCAAUCAAGGACACGUCCACAAAUUCAACGGACACUCUUAUUAAAACAAACGAUUACACAGAAUGUGGGGGACAUUGGAAAUAUCCAAGAAAGUGUAAUUUAAUUAAUAACACUUGCGAGUAUUCAGCAAAGUGGCAAUUUUUUUCAAAAAAAGACGAAGUUAAAUUUACAAUUACCACUAGAAAUACAGAUACUUGGACUGGAAUAGCGUUUUCAAAUGAUGAGAAAAUGUCUCAAACAGAUGCUAUUAUAGGAUGGGUUGACAAAUCUGGUCGUCCUUUUCUUAUGGAUACAUGGAUUACUGGGUAUACACAUCCUUUAUUAGAUGAAUCUCAAAAUAUAUAUAAUAUAUCAGGAAAAAUUACAGAUGGCUUAACAACUUUAACAUUUGCUCGUAAACGCAAAUCAUCUGAUCCUAAGGAUUUAUCGUUUACUGAUGAAAAAUGUUUAUACAUAAUGUUUCCCAUAAAAGGUGGAAUAUUUAAUAGUGUUAAUAAAAAACUACGAAAGCAUGAAAUUUUACCUACAGUUUCCAGUGAAAGAAUCUGCAUACGUUCAUGUGGAAAUGAUGAACAAUAUGAUUUGACAACAACAGAAUCACCAAGCAGAAUGUACAAUGUUGAAAUUAAAUUAAUUGAUUUAGGAGAAAACUUUGUUAUCCCAGCAAAAGGUUCUUUGCAAUAUGAGGAUCUUAGUAAAACUGUAGAAACCAAUUUUAAUGAACUUUUUAAAAAACUACCUGGUUAUAGAAGAAUUAUGGUUGAAAAUUUAAAAGAUUUAAAUAAUAAUAUUGUUGCUCUAAUUAACUUGGAAAUGGAUAAAAUGAUAUCAGAAAAUAACCAAAUAAACAAAAAAAUUAAUGAUCAAGUUUAUAAUGCUAUACUCAGUAGUGUUGAAACUGGAAGAAUAGGAAAUCUUAAAGUAGAUUCUCAAUAUUUAGUAUUUGACCAACCUAGUGGAUGUCUUCGGCUAAACUUCAGGAUUUUCAGUGCUGAAGAUGUCCUUUUCAGGAUUUCUUCGGCUGUCGACGACAAUGAUCAAAAGGUUUUUCUGGGAGACUCCAACGCGGGUCUCAGGGUUCUUUUCCUGAAAGAUAAGGUCCUGGUUUAUCUCUUAGAUCUCUAG